CUGGGUUCCCUUACAUUUCAAUAAGCGGAGGAGUGAGAGGUGCAUGAAAUGGAGAAAAAUGGCGGAUCAUGUGCAGGGCCUUGCCCAGCUGGAGAUCCUGUGUAAGCAGCUGUAUGAGACCACCGACACCGCCGUGCGACACCAGGCAGAGAAAGCUCUGGUGGAGUUCACCAACAGCCCCGACUGUCUCAGUAAAUGUCAGCUGCUGCUGGAGAGAGGCAGCUCCUCGUACUCCCAGCUGCUCGCCGCCACUUGUUUAUCUAAACUGGUUUCUCGGACCAGCAACCCUCUACCCCUAGAGCAACGCAUUGAUAUUCGGAACUAUGUGCUGAACUACCUGGCUACGCGGCCGAAGCUGGCAGCGUUUGUGACUCAGGCUCUGAUCCAGCUGUACGCCCGCAUCACCAAACUGGGUUGGUUCGACUGUCAGAAAGACGACUAUGUCUUCAGGAACGUCAUCGCCGACGUGACGCGGUUUCUCCAGGACAGCGUGGAGCACUGCAUUAUAGGCGUCACCAUUCUGUCCCAGCUGACAAACGAGAUAAAUCAGGCCGACACGACGCAUCCACUGACCAAACAUAGGAAGAUCGCUUCAUCGUUUAGAGACUCGUCGCUCUUCGACAUCUUCACGCUUUCCUGCAACCUCCUCAAACAGGCUUCAGGAAAGAACCUGAACCUGAAUGAUGAGUCGCAGCACGGCCUGCUGAUGCAGCUCCUCAAGCUCAGCUACAAUUGCCUCAACUUUGACUUCAUAGGAACUUCCACAGACGAGUCAUCAGAUGACCUUUGCACUGUACAGAUUCCAACGUCCUGGAGAUCAGCGUUCCUUGAUUCCUCCACCCUGCAGCUGUUUUUCAACUUGUAUCAUUCCCUCCCUCCAUCUCUGUCCCCGCUGGUGCUGUCCUGUUUGGUUCAGAUUGCCUCCGUCCGGAGGUCUCUCUUCAACAACGCAGAGCGGGCCAAGUUCCUCUCGCACCUAGUGGACGGCGUGAAGAGGAUACUGGCCAACCCUCAGUGUUUGCCAGAUCCCAACAACUACCACGAGUUCUGCCGCCUGCUGGCGAGGCUGAAGAGCAACUACCAGCUGGGCGAGCUGGUCAAAGUGGAGAAUUACCCGGAGGUGAUCCGUCUCAUCGCCAACUUCACCGUCACCAGCCUGCAGCACUGGGAGUUUGCCCCCAACAGCGUCCACUACCUGCUGAGUCUGUGGCAGCGCCUGGCAGCGUCUGUCCCCUACGUCAAAGCCACCGAGCCGCACCUGCUGGAGACCUACACCCCAGAGGUGACCAAGGCCUACAUCACGUCCCGGCUCGAGUCGGUCCACGUCAUCCUCAGAGACGGCUUAGAGGACCCGCUGGACGAUGCCGGACUGGUCCAGCAGCAGUUGGACCAGUUAUCCACCAUCGGCAGGUGUGAGUAUGAGAAGACGUGCGCUCUGCUGGUGCAGCUCUUUGACCAAGCGGCGCAGACGUACCAGGAGCUCCUUCAGUCCACCAACUCCAGCGCAGCUGAUGUCACGGUCCAGGAGGGUCGCCUGACGUGGCUGGUUUACAUCAUCGGGGCGGUGAUCGGAGGACGGGUGUCGUUCGCAAGUACAGACGAGCAGGACGCCAUGGAUGGGGAGCUGGUCUGCAGGGUUCUGCAGUUGAUGAACCUGACAGACUCGCGGCUCGCUCAGGCGGGCAACGAGAGACUGGAGCUGGCUAUGCUCAGCUUCUUCGAGCAGUUCCGCAAGAUCUACAUCGGCGACCAGGUGCAGAAAUCCUCAAAGCUUUAUCGAAGAUUAUCAGAAGUUCUGGGGUUAAACGACGAGACGAUGGUCCUCAGUGUCUUUAUAGGCAAGAUAAUCACCAACUUGAAGUACUGGGGUCAGUGUGAACCAAUCACCUCCAAAACACUCCAGCUGCUCAAUGACCUCUCCUUAGGAUACAGCAGUGUGAGGAAGCUGGUGAAGCUCAGCGCGGUUCAGUUCAUGCUGAACAACCACACGAGCGAGCAUUUCUCUUUCCUGGGGGUGAACAACCAGUCCAACCUGAGCGAUAUGAGGUGUCGGACCACCUUCUACACAGCGCUGGGCCGCCUGCUCAUGGUUGACCUUGGAGAAGAUGAGGACCAAUUUGAACAGUUCAUGCUGCCUCUGACAGCGGCGUUUGAAGCUGUGGCUCAGAUGCUGAGUACCAACACAUUCAACGAGCAGGAAGCCAAGAGGACUUUGGUUGGCUUGGUCCGAGACCUCAGAGGCAUCGCGUUCGCCUUCAAUGCAAAGACAAGUUUCAUGAUGCUGUUCGACUGGAUAUAUCCGGCAUACAUGCCCAUCCUGCAGCGGGCCAUCGAGCUGUGGUACCAUGACCCGGCCUGUACCACACCGGUCCUCAAACUCAUGGCAGAACUGGUUCACAACAGAUCUCAGAGGCUCCAGUUUGAUGUGUCGUCUCCCAAUGGAAUCCUGUUGUUCAGAGAAACCAGCAAGAUGAUCACCACAUACGGGAACCGGAUCCUGACUCUGGGAGAGGUCCCCAAGGACCAGGUGUACGGCGUGAAGCUGAAGGGCGUCAGCGUGUGCUUCGCCAUGCUGAAGGCGGUGCUCAGCGGAAACUAUGUCAACUUCGGGGUCUUUCGUCUCUAUGGCGACGACGCUCUGGACAACGCCUUGCAGACAUUCAUCAAACUGCUGCUCUCAAUCCCUCACAGUGACUUACUGGACUACCCAAAGCUCAGCCAGUCCUUUUACUCUCUGCUGGAGGUGCUGACUCAGGAUCACAUGAACUUCAUCUCCAGUUUAGAGCCUCACGUGGUCAUGUACAUUCUGUCAUCGAUAUCGGAAGGCCUGACGGCGCUCGAUACGAUGGUGUGCACUGGCUGCUGCUCCAGUUUGGACCACAUAGUCACCUACCUGUUCAAGCAGCUGUCCCGCUCCACCAAGAAGAGGCCCACUCCCAUGGCAACAGAUGACCGCUUCCUGCACAUCAUGCAGCAGCACCCGGAGAUGAUCCAGCAGAUGCUCUCCACUGUACUCAACAUUAUCAUCUUUGAGGACUGCAGGAAUCAGUGGUCCAUGUCCCGGCCGCUGCUCGGCCUCAUUCUGCUAAACGAGAAGUAUUUUGCUGACCUGAGAAACAGCAUCGUGAGCAGCCAGCCUCCUGAGAAGCAGCAGGCCAUGCACUUAUGUUUCGAGAACCUGAUGGAGGGGAUAGAGAGAAACCUUCUAACCAAGAAUCGAGACAGGUGGGUGCUGCCGCCUGUGUGAGUUUAAAGGAAUAGU